UUUCUCGGCUUGCAUUUCCCGCAGCCUUUAUAACCUGAUUUCUGCCCCUCCAGUGCGCUCUUCCUCUGCUGCACGGCGCCGGACGCAAACCCAGCCCAGCGACAUGAGGCUCCCAGCGGCAAUCCUCGCAGUUUUCGCCUCGAUAGCUGUCACCAUCGACGCCACCGUCUACUUCCAGGAGCAAUUUCAGGACGGAGAUGCCUGGAAAAGCCGGUGGGUCGAGUCCAAGCACAAGUCAGACUACGGCCAAUGGAAACUGAGCGCCGGCAAGUUCUACGGGGAUGCUGAGGCUGACAAAGGUCUCCAGACCAGCCAGGACGCCCGUUUCUACGCCCUGUCCUCCCGCUUUGAGCCGUUCAGCAACGAGGGGAAGCCGCUGGUCGUCCAGUUCACCGUCAAGCACGAGCAGAAGAUCGACUGCGGAGGCGGUUACGUCAAGAUCUUCCCCUCUGACCUCGACCAGAACGACAUGCACGGAGAGUCACAGUAUUACAUCAUGUUCGGUCCUGACAUCUGCGGAUACAGCACCAAGAAGGUUCAUGUGAUCUUCAACUACAAAGGCCAGAACCACCUCGUCAAGAAAGACAUCAAAUGCAAGGAUGACGAGCUGACCCACCUGUACACGCUGAUCCUGAAUCCGGACCAGACGUACGAGGUGAAGAUCAACAACGAGAAGGUGGAGUCGGGCAGCCUGGAGGACGACUGGGACAUGCUGCCCGCCAAGAAGAUCAAGGACCCCGAGGCCAAGAAGCCCAGCGACUGGGACGACAGGGCCAAGAUCGACGACCCCAACGACAGCAAGCCCGAGGACUGGGACAAGCCUGAGACCAUCCCCGACCCCGACGCCAAGAAGCCUGACGACUGGGACGAGGACAUGGACGGAGAGUGGGAGCCUCCCAUGAUCACCAACCCAGAAUACCAGGGCGAGUGGAAACCCAAGCAGAUCGACAACCCCGACUACAAGGGGGUGUGGGUCCACCCUGAGAUCGACAACCCGGAGUACUCCCCGGACACAAACAUGUACAAGUUCGACAGCAUCGGAGUGCUGGGUCUGGACCUGUGGCAGGUGAAGUCCGGCACCAUCUUCGACAAUUUCCUGAUCUCAGACGACGUCAAAGAAGCGGAGGAGGUUGGGCAGAAAACCUGGGGAGUCACUAAGGAACCUGAGAAGAAGAUGAAGGACGAGCAGGAGGAGGUGGAGAGGAAACUGAGGGAAGAGGAGGAGAAGAGCAAGAAGGAGGCCGAGGACGAGGAGGAGGAGGACGGCGGCGAGGAGGAAGAGGAGGAGGAGGAGGAGGAAGAGGAGGAGGAAGAGGAGCACGACAAGGAGGCGGAGGAGGACGCCCCGACAGAAGAGGAGGAGGAGGCGGCGCCGAAGGACGAGUUGUAGAGGAGGAGGAGGACUGCUGUGCAUCUCUCCUCGCUGGUUUAGAGAAAAUCAACUAAAACCCUUUGGACUCUGGCCUUCCAUACGGCAGCCUUUUAUUCAGGUGGAGGGGCGGGGGAGGGGUGUGGGUGGGGGCGGGGGGCGGUGGGGGGGUGGA